AUGGAGUCGACAAAUAGUAACACAUCUCAUGGUAAUAGAGGUCCGGAAGCGUAUAAUUUUGAGAGGAAAGAGUAUCACUCGUCGGACAAUACAAGGGAACAGAACUUAUCACAGAAUGUGAUGACUGAUAGGAAUGACGGCAACGAAAACUCGUGGACCGAAGAUGUCUCGUCUCCGUACGCUUUCGUUACAAUCGCUUACAACAACUUAAGCGCAACCAAUGCUAUAAUUUUGGCCAAUUCUCUAGUGAUCGGAAGCGUAACAAAUUUGUUUGACGAGUGCGAAGAGUUGUCCGCAUGUGUCGACUGGAUAUUUCCCGAUACUUUCAAUUGUUCAGUAUUUGUCUUCGAGCCGAGUCUUACAACUUAUGAACAAAUACUCAGCUUUGCAUUGUUUCACCAGAAGUGCUCUGAACAGAAGGAUGAGGGGAUGGCCGAGACAUUGGAUGAGAUGACUCUUCUCAACCAAUUCUUCGCCCCGAAAUGGAAACGAAUUUCUUUUAUUUAUAAUUUCGUCAAAAACGAUGCCAUUUAUACACAGAUUCCGGCGUUUAUGAAGUACGGGGAUUCCAUCAGAAUUGUCAACUUCGGACAUAUGCUGAGCCAAUCGGGAGGGUUAGGCUCACAGUCCGGCACUUCUUUAGUACAUCCCUGGCAUAUAGUGUUUGAUUUAUUGGCCAGUAGUCAGCAAGAAGUGAUCAAAUCGAUGGCGAUUGACAAUUACGCCAAGUUUUAUCUCAAUUGCUUUGUCCAACGCUUGUGGCAGAGUGCGAAGAGUUGUCCGCAUGUGUCGACUGGAUAUUUCCCGAUACUUUCAAUUGUUCAGUAUUUGUCUUCGAGCCGAGUCUUACAACUUAUGAACAAAUACUCAGCUUUGCAUUAUAUAUCAUAUAAAUUAGUGUUUCACCAGAAGUGCUCUGAACAGAAGGAUGAGGGGAUGGCCGAGACAUUGGAUGAGAUGACUCUUCUCAACCAAUUCUUUGCCCCGAAAUGGAAACGAAUUUCUUUUAUUUAUAAUUUCGUCAAAAACGAUGCCAUUUAUACGCAAAUUCCGGCGUUUAUGAAGUACGGGGAUUCCAUCAGAAUUGUCAACUUCGGACAUAUGCUGAGCCAAUCGGGAGGGUUAGGCUCACAGUCCGGGACCUCUUUAGUACAUCCCUGGCAUAUAGUGUUUGAUUUAUUGGCCAGUAUACAUCCCUGGCAUAUAGUGUUUGAUUUAUUGGCCAGUAGUCAGCAAGAAGUGAUCAAAUCGAUGGCGAUUGACAAUUACGCCAAAGCAUGGUCUAUUUUUGAUUUGAUUCAACUUCUGAGUAAAGAAUCGGGUAUAGAAACAGAUGAUCACAUGUUCACACAAACACCGAUCACUUUCCGAAGAAUCAAAUCUCCUGCCGAAGCCAUUGCCAAAUACGAUGCUUUCAAUUUCGAUGAUGACGACAUAUCUUUGGACAUAAUGUCUGGCAUAUCGUUAAAGGAUUCCGAGGAUAUUGAGCCAAAAGAAGCCGAUUCUGAAGUUAAAGAUCAACAGAAUCGAGUUGAAGAGCAAACAAAUGACACGAUCACUAACACUGAUCCUGAAUCUCAUGUUCAGACGGCACCCCACGAACAACUCACACAACAGCAACAAGACGACCGGAGCAAAAGGGAAUGGGAGGCCGGAAGGAUCGAUUGGAUGGGCGCUCACCAGUCCGACCGCAUUAUUGAUAGGCUUAAGAGACUCAUUAAUGACUAAAUUUGCUCAUAGUUUGACGUUUGGACUAAAUUUUAUCAUAACUAAUCAAUUAUUUCUAGUAUCAUAUUUUAUUAACAAUAACUUUAUUUUAAAAUUUAU